GCCGCGGCAACUGGCGCGCGCCCCGCCCAGCUCGCGCGCUUGCGCGGGGGACAAGCGGGCGGGGCGGGCGGCGCGCGCGCGGAGGGACGGCUGGGGGAGCCGUCGGAAUGUCGCGUUACGGCCGCUACGGGGGCGAGACCAAGGUGUACGUGGGGAACCUGGGCACGGGCGCCGGCAAGGGCGAGCUAGAAAGAGCCUUCAGCUACUACGGGCCUCUGAGGACCGUGUGGAUCGCCAGGAACCCGCCGGGCUUCGCCUUCGUGGAGUUCGAAGACCCGAGGGACGCGGAGGAUGCAGUCCGUGGGCUGGAUGGGAAGGUGAUUUGUGGCUCCAGGGUGAGAGUGGAAGUGUCGACGGGAAUGCCCCGUCGCUCCCGCUACGACAGGCCUCCUGCGCGGCGCCCCUUCGACCCCAACGACAGGUGCUACGAGUGUGGUGAGAAGGGCCACUAUGCUUACGAUUGUCACCGCUACAGCCGCCGCAGGAGGAGCAGGUCCCGGUCUAGAUCCCGUUCAAGGUCCCGAGGAAGAAGGUAUUCUCGGUCACGCAGUCGGAGUCGCGGUAGGAGGUCCAGAUCAGCUUCCUAUCGUAGGUCCCGGUCAGUUUCUCCUCGUAGGUCUAGGUCUGUGUCUCCCCGCCGGUCCCGAUCGGGUUCCUUGAAGAGAUCAAGGUCUAGAUCAAGGUCCAGAUCUAGAUCCAGAUCUGUUACAUGGCCCCGAAGCAGGUCUAGGUCUCACGGCAGAUCAAAAUCUGGCUCGCCAGCCAAGAGUCGGUCAAAGUCCCGGUCACCAUCUCCAAAGAGAAGUCGUUCACCAUCAGGAAGCCCUCAAAGAAGUGUGAGUCCUGAAAGAGUGGAUUAAAGUUAAGAAGUUAAUCUUUUAGGAAGAAAGUUAUUUUGCUUACAUUAUUAUAAGGGAUUUUGUGGUGUCUUUGUAAAUGUAAGAAUGUAGAUAGAAGAGUAUAUCAACUAAAAUUUGGCAUGAUCUGGGUCUUCUGAGUUAGUCACAACAAUAGACUAGCACAGGUCUCUUUUUAUGGUAUGAAUUAACUUCCUGUGAUAUGAAAAUGUGGGACUUUUUUAUUGGCACAUUGAAAUAAAAUGUGUAUUUUUAACUAAAACUUCUCUGUAGUAACCCUGCUGCUUUUGUUAACUUUUGGGUAAUUUUAGCUGUGUGCAAUGUAAUUUGGGUGAAAAAUGUCUAAAAUGGGAAUGACUAAUAUCAUUGUCUUCUCAAACCAGUCACUUUUCACAUUUGAGUGGUCUUUGAUGAAAGGAUCAGUUUCUGCUUUCUUGGGAACAGAAUUUAAAAUCUGUCUGUCUCUGCUGAUGGCUAAAAAUUUGCAUAUAUCUUUUUUAUUCCAUUAUGAUAUUUAGCAUGCAUUCAUUUUUUUCCCCUGACUUGAUCAUUCUGCAAGGCGUGCUCUGGUGCUUGAUUAGUUGUGAUACCAGAUGCCCAAAAAUUUGAAGAUGAGUUUUAUUCAAAACGCAUCUUUUUAAUGAAUAACAUCUGCAGAACCUCUGCAUGUAAGAAAAACCACUUGAUGAUUGCUACUUUGGAUUUUUGCAUUUUAUAGUUCUUUAGGCCAUUAACAUAAAGAAAACUUCUUAAAACGUCUCAAGGUGUGUUUUCCUUUUUUGACAGAAGAUGGAAGGUCUUCUGACCUACUUUCUGAGAGACAUUAGGAAAAUGUGUUUGAGAGGCCAGAGGAGGCUGUUAUUAAUCUUCCUGCAGCUCGCUCAGACUUUCCAUCUUAAAAUAAAAUUCUCACAGCAGACCUCAGGAAUUGCAGCCUCUUUCACAGAAAUUGAUAUGAUACUAAAGUGGCUCAGAUCCUGAAAAACGUUUUGUUGAAAUAAGCUGAUUUCUUACAGCAAAUUCAUGCCUGCACAAUUAAUGAUUUGUGCAUAGGUAUGCCAGAAUGUGUUUGUCCUCAUUCUGUUGUCAAGGAUUGCAUGAUAGACACUUCAUUGACCCAGAUCACAGCAGAAUACUGGAAGCAAUGUUAGACUUUGAACAAACAGGGGUAGACUGAAAGGGGAAAAAGCAAGCGUUUUUGUUGGGUUUUUUUACUGCAAUGGGAUCCCUAGGAGAAAUAAAGGCUGGUUUUGGCAGCUGACAAGCACUACACUGGAAAGUAAACCCUAUUUGGCCUUUUUAUGAAAUGUGUUGUGGCGGUUUGAUGUGCAAACCACAGCAGAAAUGAAACGGAAAAAAAAUUACAAGAUUAACUUCAGUCACACCUUGGGUCACCCAUGAUUUUUCAAAAAAACAGGUUUCCCAAUAACAAAUGGCUCUGUGGAGUUCUGUGUAUGAGUCCAGAGUCUGAACAACCUGCUGUGCUGCAGCGCUGUCUGGCCUUGACGCCUGCUCUGGACUGUUGUGCUAGUGUCUGGUGGGAUGCUCUGGGGGGCUCAGCAACCGGGCUCCUGUUCAGUCUGCAGGGUGCAAUGGUCCCUCUCUUGGCAACACUGAAAUUUCAGCAUUGCCACAGCGGGAGAGCUGGAGGUGGCACAAAUGUUGCCCUGUGGUGAUUCGGCGGCAAUGCCCAAAGCCUAUUAGCUGUGUUUGCAAUGUUUAUUGGUUGUGUGUUGCCUGCCCAGUUCAUAGUGUACCCGGUGAGAGGGAUGCGUAUGUCACUGCUCUGGAAUUUAAUCAGCUUCUUUCUCUUCUAGACUCUGAAGGCAAACCUACUUUACAGACUUGCACACUAACACAACAGCUGUGCUGGUACCUGUUUUUCAGUAUCUACCUAAAGAUGCUGUGGCAGAGGGAGUGAUGGAGCCUGGGUUUCCACAGAGGAAACUGAGGUUCUACACCCAGGCUUAGCAGUGAGAAAAUGAGCAAGGGGGCAGGAGUGUGCCAGUGGCUGCGGACAGCUGGCAUUUAUAAGGUGCAGUGAGGGAGCAGUGACAAAUCUGGUGUCCCUGUUUCUGUGUUGAUAUGGUGACCAAAAUUGAGGCUGGAUGUACGGUCUCCCUUGGACUCAGGUGUUAUCCUUAGAGCAGGCUACCCAGUGCCCAGCUCUUGCCUGAGUUUGGUAAGAUUGCACCAAAAAUUCCACACACCAGUUGUGAGUUCUUGGAAAAAAUGCCUGGAGGGGGUGUAUCUGUGUGAUGGCUGCUCUGUGUCCCUGGGUCUUGUGCAUCUGGCUGGGGUGUGCGCAGCCCAGAGGGGGGCAAGGGGAUGCACACCCGAGAGCUCCAGUGUGGUGGGCAAACUCGUCACAGGGGCAAUGGUGCUUCCGGCCUUGGUUUGCCAGUCUAGGCUUUACCAGGCUGGGAUCAGCUGGCCUUUGUUCUCCAAAUGAUACCAGCCCUUCCACAGUAUGAACUGUAGCCACGUCAAAUGUGGCCACUGUACACAUCUGUUCAUUCAGAGCGUCACAGGAGAGCAGCAGGGCGCUCAUUUUGGACUUUGCUUCAGUAGCCAAGGCGUAGCAUGGAAGAUGCUCUUAUGCAGCUAUCACUGCUGGCUUUGAAAGGAGGGCUAAGCCAGAGGUUCCAGGGUGGCGGGUGGCGAUAAGCCCAGUGCAGCAUCCUCCACAAAAAUACUCUGUGACUGCUGUGUACCCGUGCUAUUGUCAUGCUGCUGCCAGAGCCAGUGGCUGCAGCCCGGAGGGCUGCCCUGUGGCCCAGCACAGGAAGAGCAGGGCACCUUUCCAUGAGCUGACACUAAGCUCUGAGGCUGGUCAGUGGCAGGAAGAAGAGCAGUCAGCACUGCUGGGAGCACUUUGCUGGGAAUGUGUGAUGUUGUAAUGAUCAACUGCAACUUCAUCAGCCUUCUCACAUGCUCCACAUGAAUAUUACCAGAUAUUUUCCUGCGUAGCGUGAGCUGUGACAUGCUGUGUCCCGAAACAAGGGAUUUUCAGUGCAUUUUUACUGAGAAACAAACCCUAAUGCCGAAGGUGAGGCUGGACAGUGGGUGAGAGCUUUGCGCCGACCGGAUAGCAGUGGAGGUGGUGGCAGGAAUUAAAGUCAGCAAAAGCCAUGGGUGAAAGCCUCAGAAGAAAAAAGCUCCCAAAUGGGAUGCAUUACCCAGGGUAGUUUGAAAGCAGUGCGUGGCAGCUGGCAGGA